CUUUUCAACUCAAUGUCGCCUCCAAACUCAGAAACUGCGGAGUCCCCCAGCCAUAUCAGUCCUAUGCUUCGGCUUCCCCCUGAAAUUAUCAAGACAAUCGUCGAUCAGGUUCCCAACAGCACCAUAAAAAAUCUGCGCCUCACCUGCCGUUUUUACUUGGAAACAGUAGCUCUGCGGCUUGAUCGCGUUUUCAUCUCCGCGAACCCGCGCAAUGUGGAAGUAUUUACUGCCAUUGCCAACCACGACGCCUUUCGUGCCAAAAUCACCGAGAUUAUCUGGGACGACGCGCUCCUGUACGUCCGGCCUGUGCCGCGUAGCGCCGUAGAAGCGUACUACGGGUCGGACGAUGAUUAUCAAGACUAUGCGGAAGAAUCGGACGAUGAAUGUGAUAAGAAUGGGAUUAAUUGGAGGGGUAAUGUUCCUGGGUGGUUCCGUAAAGCUUGCCGAGACAACGUUUUCUUCCUAAAGGAGAAGCGCGAUAAAUAUUUGAACAGACCUGACCUUGUUGCAAGGGCACAACAGGCUUGCGAGCAAAUGCCUAUGGAAGAGGCAUGGGCGUACUACCAACAGCUAGUGCAACAGCAGCGCGAUAUCUUGGAUUCAAAUGCGCAUAUCAUUGCGUUAGAGAAGCAUAUCGGAUCGUUCCUGGCGCUACAGCGAAUUGUUAUUACGCCGGCAGCACAUGGAUGGAUUUACAACCCACUGUACGAAACUCCCAUGAUCCGCUCCUUCCCCCGUGGGUUCAACUACUAUAUUCCUCGCACCUGGCCCGUCCAUGACCGUUCUAUGCCCGAAUGCGACGACUGGAACGAAGAUGGUAGUGACUGGCAAGGCUUCCGCACCGUGACACGCGUUCUAGCAGAGGGUAGAGAUUUUGGCAGGGUGGUGGAUCUACGCAUCGACGUUCAUGAGCUGGAGAUGGGGCUAAACUCGCGGGUGUUUGAGAAGGAAAAUCGCACCCUGAGUGACUUCGAGGCUGUACUUGCGCGGCCAGACUUUGCACACUUGCAACUUGAUCUCAUGGUCGAUCCGCACUACACGCAGGCAGAUGUCUUCCGCAGUGGGCUCCUCAAACGUGCCCUAGCUCGUGCCUCGUGCGGACAGGGCUUGAAGUCCUUGAGCUUGAGAACGAACAUUGACAUGUAUACGACAAUUGAUGAGUGCGACUGGUAUGUCCCCCUCACUACGAUAUUCACACCAACUAGCUAUUCGAGGCUUCAGCACUUCGGCCUCGCCCGCUUCUACGUCGAGCAGGAUGAUCUCUUGGCGCUGCUAGCCUCCAUGCCAAAGACUCUACGGUCGGUUGAACUGAGCAUGCUCGAGUUCAUGGGCGAGAAGGACAGUUAUCGGACACUGCUAUGGGGGAUACGCGACACGCUAGGCUGGAAAGAACGAGAACCAAGGCCAACACUUGUCGUUAGUACCGACCUUUCGAAUCCCAAACCGGGACAAGCUUUAUGGCUCGAGCAUGAGUUGUAUAGUUUCUUGUAUGAGAAUGGAAGCAAUCCGUUUGGAAACGACCCGGCAACUAGAGGUCCAAGUGCUAUAAGAUUCGGGUUUGGCUGGGAGAAAGAUUGCUUUAAUCCUUAUCACAAGCGCCCACAUGUGGAUAAUUAUGAUUUAGCUGAUUUGGGCUAUAUUAAGGGUUCUCGGCCGCGGCCAGUCGCUCGGCCGACGCAAGACUUACCAGGUCCGGGUAAGUCGUAUUUCACCGACGCGCGAUAUUUAUUGUAACGAACCAAGGCUAUCUUUCCUUGAGCCAGACUAUGUAUAUAGAUAGCCCAGCUGAAAUCGGGAGUUACAAACUGUUGCAUAGACAUUUUGGUUCUACUCUAGUUAUAUUUUGUCCUCAAGGCCAGGAUAAAUAGACUCAUAUUUCAUAAUUGUCUUAGAAAACGGAGGAUUUUAGCACAACGAUAUUUACUAUAAUAUUCC